GCUUCUGGGCCGAUCGAACACCAGUUCACGAAGCAGCCAGGCGGGGAGAAAUCCUGCAGCUGCAGCAGCUGAUAGAGAGCGGAGCCUGCGUCAACGCCGUCACCUACGACUCCAUCACCCCGCUGCACGAGGCGAGCCUGCGAGGGCAAACGCAGUGCGUCAAGCUCUUGCUGGCUGCAGGGGCCCAGGUGGAUGCGAGGAAUAUCGACGGCAGCACUCCGCUCUGCGACGCCUGCGCCUCGGGUAGCAUAGAGUGCGUGAAAGUGCUGCUGUCCCACGGCGCCAAGGUGAACCCUCCCCUUUACACGGCCUCUCCCCUCCACGAAGCCUGCAUG